AACUUGAGAAGGGAUAUAAAUUCUUCUUCGAACACUACAUCUUCAAUUAUGAAGAUUUCAUUUAAAGUCGACAAGAAUCCUCCUGUCAUCAGUACGUUCUGCUGUUCCUGUGUGGCUGGGAAAGAGCUAUGCAACCAUUUGGUUGGCUUGCUGUUUCAGAGUGCACACUACUGCAUGAUGAAACUUAAGAUUGUACCACCCACUAUACCCAGCACAAGCACUCUACAGACUUGGCACAGGCCCAGGACUCGGGGAAUCCAUCCUGAAGCAGUGGAUCGAUUACUUGUGAGGAAGCCAAAAACCUCUAGCAGAAGUGGUAUUAAGUCCACUCUUUACAGGGCCUACACAGGUCCUAUUCCCAAUAAUUCGGUGCUCUGUUCUGUGGAGUCUUUAAAAAGUCUCAGGCCUCAGCCACUUAUCUGCAAGGUUCUGCAUGGCUUGUCAGAGAUGAAUCUUGUGGAGUCUAAGUUUGGCCUGGUACCCAAAGGUUCUUUGCUGUCCUAUCAGUGCCCUGCUCAGUCAUCAAGGGAGGCUGUCAAACAUGCAGAAGCCCCUCCUUUCCCUAAGCUUCCUCUGGAUGGGUACAAAUUUGAAGGAAGAUUUCAAUUUGUCCCAGAUUUCCAUGAUAUGUUGUUCUUAGAAAGCUUAGCAGUCACUCAAGAAUUAAGCACAAUAAUUGAACAAGACACACGGGAUCAGUCACAGUCUGCUCUAUGGAACCAAACGCAUACACCACGCAUUUGUAGCGGAUCCACAGGAGGAGAGUCGACCAGCCAGGCACUAGCUGCCCGAAUCAUCAAAGGGGUUCGUCAGACUUCUGCAAUGAAGCGUGGACUGGAUCUUGAGCCUGAAGUUCUAUUUCAGUACUCUGGUAUGAUGAAUGUGAAUGUUUUACAUUGUGGGUUUGUUGUACAUCCUGAUGCGCCACACCUUGGCACAAGCCCUGAUGGCCGAGUCUAUGACCCUACUGAGAACCCUCUCUUUGGACUUGCAGAGAUAAAUCCAGUGAACAGCUGUGACACAAAGGUUAUUGCCCCAUAUGGAGCAACACCAACCAAGCCUUUGAAGCAGCAUCCAAAAGACCUGGACACGGAGGAGUUGAGUAGUCAUGGUCUGUGGGUGCGUCGGGACCAUAAGAGACUACAGGCUGUUCGUCACUGA